AUGACUCGUGUCUCCGUAACCUGCACUGAAAUGGCAUCACCUGCCAGCUCCAAGGUCAGCUCUAAGUCACAUACUCCGACCGAUUCAAAUCCCGAGAUCAAGAAAAACAGACAUGGUAUUUUAUUCAAGCGCCCAGGUCGCCGGCUAGCAUCAGACUUUGCCCUUGAAGAGCAAUCAACUUCCUUGCCAUCAAGCAACACUUUUAGCCUAGACUACACCGAGUUGAGCGCACAGAGAGGCCGGAAUCAUGCAGUAUACCCGCGAGAUUCGAUGAAAUUCGUUCCAAACUCAGUAAAAAAGCUUCGCAACGAUAGCGGCCUCUCUCUUUCACGGUCAAGAACUGGAAUGUCCUUCGCGUCGUUUUUGGAACUAUCCGACGAGGGCCCGUCUUCACCUACUCCAUCGACAGGUCAAGUGGUCACAGACUUGCAGCGAGUUCGAGAGGAGGAGAAGGCCGCAUCGACGUGGAAUCAACAUAUGCGCGAAGAGAGGUCAAGGGGAUUAAGGAGGAUUAUCGAAUGGCAUAGAAAGGUGAUUCGUCGUUUUCAUAAGAAGCGGACGACAUGA